AUGGGGGAUGUCUGUAUUACAGACUCAACCUAUCUCCAGGCUUUUUGUGUCCAGAGCAGGCCCCCUUUUUGUGUCCUCAGCCAGGCCCCAGCCUGUGUCCUCAGCCAGGCCCCAGCCCGUGUCCUCAGCCAGGCCCCAGCCCGUAUCCUCAGCCAGGCCCCAGCCCGUGUCCUCAGCCAGGCCCCAGCCAGGCCCCAGCCCGUAUCCUCAGCCAGGCCCCAGCCUGUGUCCUCAGCCAGGCCCCAGCCAGGCCCCAGCCCGUGUCCUCAGCCAGGCCCCAGCCCGUAUCCUCAGCCAGGCCCCAGCCAGGCCCCAGCCUGUGUCCUCAGCCAGGCCCCAGCCCGUGUCCUCAGCCAGGCCCCAGCCAGGCCCCAGCCCGUGUCCUCAGCCAGGCCCCAGCCAGGCCCCAGCCCGUGUCCUCAGCCAGGCCCCAGCCUGUGUCCUCAGCCAGGCCCCAGCCCGUAUCCUCAGCCAGGCCCCAGCCCGUGUCCUCAGCCAGGCCCCAGCCCGUGUCCUCAGCCAGGCCCCAGCCCGUAUCCUCAUCUAGGCCCCAGCCCGUAUCCUCAGCCAGGCCCCAGCCCGUGUCCUCAUCUAGGCCCCAGCCCGUGUCCUCAGCCAGGCCCCAGCCCGUAUCCUCAUCUAGGCCCCAGCCCGUAUCCUCAUCUAGGCCCCAGCCCGUAUCCUCAUCUAGGCCCCAGCCCGUAUCCUCAGCCAGGCCUCAGCCAGGCCCCAGCCCGUGUCCUCAGCCAGGCCCCAGCCCGUAUCCUCAGCCAGGCCUCAGCCAGGCCCCAGCCUGUGUCCUCAGCCAGGCCUCAGCCAGGCCCCAGCCCGUAUCCUCAGCCAGGCCUCAGCCAGGCCCCAGCCCGUAUCCUCAGCCAGGCCUCAGCCAGGCCCCAGCCUGUGUCCUCAGCCAGGCCCCAGCCCGUAUCCUCAGCCAGGCCCCAGCCCGUGUCCUCAGCCAGGCCCCAGCCCGUGUCCUCAGCCAGGCCCCAGCCCGUGUCCUCAGCCAGGCCCCAGCCCGUGUCCUCAGCCAGGCCCCAGCCCGUAUCCUCAUCUAGGCCCCAGCCCGUAUCCUCAGCCAGGCCCCAGCCCGUGUCCUCAUCUAGGCCCCAGCCCGUGUCCUCAGCCAGGCCCCAGCCCGUAUCCUCAUCUAGGCCCCAGCCCGUAUCCUCAUCUAGGCCCCAGCCCGUAUCCUCAUCUAGGCCCCAGCCCGUAUCCUCAGCCAGGCCUCAGCCAGGCCCCAGCCCGUGUCCUCAGCCAGGCCCCAGCCCGUAUCCUCAGCCAGGCCUCAGCCAGGCCCCAGCCUGUGUCCUCAGCCAGGCCUCAGCCAGGCCCCAGCCCGUAUCCUCAGCCAGGCCUCAGCCAGGCCCCAGCCCGUGUCCUCAGCCAGGCCCCAGCCCGUAUCCUCAGCCAGGCCCCAGCCCGUAUCCUCAGCCAGGCCUCAGCCAGGCCCCAGCCUGUGUCCUCAGCCAGGCCCCAGCCCGUAUCCUCAGCCAGGCCUCAGCCCGUAUCCUCAGCCAGGCCUCAGCCAGGCCCCAGCCUGUGUCCUCAGCCAGGCCUCAGCCAGGCCCCAGCCCGUAUCCUCAGCCAGGCCUCAGCCAGGCCCCAGCCCGUAUCCUCAGCCAGGCCUCAGCCAGGCCCCAGCCCGUAUCCUCAGCCAGGCCUCAGCCAGGCCCCAGCCCGUGUCCUCAGCCAGGCCCCAGCCCGUAUCCUCAGCCAGGCCUCAGCCAGGCCCCAGCCCAGUAUCCUCAGCCAGGCCUCAGCCAGGCCCCAGCCCGUAUCCUCAGCCAGGCCUCAGCCAGGCCCCAGCCCGUAUCCUCAGCCAGGCCUCAGCCAGGCCCCAGCCCGUAUCCUCAGCCAGGCCUCAGCCAGGCCCCAGCCCGUAUCCUCAGCCAGGCCUCAGCCAGGCCCCAGCCUGUGUCCUCAGCCAGGCCCCAGCCUGUGUCCUCAGCCAGGCCCCAGCCCGUAUCCUCAGCCAGGCCCCAGCCUGAGUCCUAA